AUGGUAUUCGAAGCUGCUCAAUUAUCCAUAGGUUCAAGUGUAACAUUUGAUGAAGGAAACGAAUAUAUAAGUAUAUCGCAAUCAAAAGGCUUGUUUAAUUUACAGAAAUGCAUAGGAACAAAAUUAUGUUUUGAAAAAGACAUGUCUAUCAAGAUAUUGCCCAUAAAAAGUUCUAUCAAUAAUAUUUCGACAGUCAAAAUGCACGAUAUUCGGUUUACAGAGCCAGUAAGACUGCCAAGUAAAUGUAAACGAGUUGAAUUGUUUUGUGUAUCGACGAGUGAAAAUGCCGAGAUAGUUCUGAACUCGGGAUGUAAAGAGCUUUUGAUUUCUGAAUACGCUGUUGCGAUCAAUGCUCAGGACGUAGAGAAACUUGAUGUUUUAACCGUAAAAUUAUCGAUAACAGAAGAAAACAGCAUCAAAUUCAUUAA